AUGCCCAUAUUGGCUGGAGGGCUUGGAGGAGGCUUAGGAGAUCUUGGUGGUCCCCACGGUUUGGAUCAGGCUACAGUAGCUUACUCUGGAAAUGUUGCACAGCAAGGAGGAUAUCUUGCUGCAGGUGGUCUGGGUGGACUUGCUGGUAUAGGUCCCUACGGAACAGCAGGAGUUGGUUCUCAUGGUGGGGCUGAUGGUCAAGCAGGUGCUGUUGCAGGAGCGUAUGGAGCAGCUGGUGGUGCUGGUGGAGGUGGUGGGGCUGGCGCUGCUGGUGGAGCUGGAUGGGCGGCCGCUGCGGGUGCUGGGGGAGGCGGUGUGUCACCACAAAGGCUUCCUUUUAUCUUAUGCAUCAAAUGUAAAAUUGAGCAGUCAAUUGUAACAAAAGAAAACUCCCAUGAUCAAAAUAAAGCGUUCGUUCGCCAGUUUCGUAAACAAUCGUCUGCUUUCAAAGCGCGUGGCGGUGGUGCUGCCGCUGGAGGAGGCGGUGGCGGUGGAGGAGGCGGCGGCGGUGGAGGUGGCGGUGGAGCAGAUGCAGGUGAAUUUUAUAUUUACGUUAGACAGACAUAG